GCCCAUCCAUUCGGUACUGAAUAUGCCUGUUUCCAUCCUGCCUAUGUGUGUCUGACUAUCCAUCUGCACAUCCACUCUCGACAUUUGUACAUAUCCAGUUUGUCCUCUGGGCUCGUCUGUCUUUUCGUCUGCCCCCUUGUCAAUCUGCAGUUCUAUCCGCCCCAAACCUGUCUGGCUAUCGAUCUGUCUAUUUGUAUAGGCAAAUUGCAACUUUACAUGAGAGUCAUCAACUCUCCCUCUCAUCGGCACAAGGGUAGUCAGACCGACAAGCACCGAGGUAACCACCACUGUUUCCAUGCCUCAUGCAGUUUAUACGUAAUGCCUUGCGUACUGGCUCGACCGACUCCCGUUUUGCUCUACCAUUAA